AUUUGAAGAGAAAAAUGUGAAUAAAGUGGGUUUAACGUGGUGAAAUAGCUUCUUGAAAUGUUCGAAUUUUGCGAAUUUUUGAACUUUAAGGUCGAAUAUCUCGUAAACUAAGCGUUUGCGGUACCUAUAACUCUAUAUAUUUUUUAAUCAGGAGGACUUCCUCUUUCCAACGGUACCUUCAAAUCGCGGCGCCAAAGAAAUCGGAAUUGUGCCCAGGUGAUUAAUAAAUAUACCGGUUUUAAUAUUGUAAAAGGUAAGUCAAACAAUAAGCAAAUGAAUACCAUAUUAUGUCACUGUUUUUCAUCAAUACACUGAUAGAAGGAUUUAUUGCCUAUUAAUAAUUAUUGCCAGUCAGCAAUGCCAAAAAAACCAAAGGGGCCAAUUUGAGUCGUCGAACGACCAUUUCUAGAGCCAUGGGAGAUAUAAGAGCACGAAGAUCAAGCGACCAAGUUCAAGAAAAUAAUGCAGAUACGCGUAUGAGAGUGAGGCAGUUACGUGAAUCACAAUCACAAGAGACACGAGAUGAAAGAAAUCAACAGAGACAAUUAGAACGAAGAGAAACUCGCAGAUUCAUAGUCGACAGACGUAGAGGAAUUGACCAACAACGCAAACAAGUUUAUCGAGCAUUAACAUCAGAUUCAUUUCUUCGACUAGCAUUCCAGUAUGAGCCUGAUGUUGAAUAUUACGCUCAUUUCAAAGUGGUUAUUGGUACUUUGGAAAAGGAAUGCUCGCAUUGUCAUGCACUUAAAUUUAAAAAUGAACCAGUUGGGAUGUGUUGCUCAUCAGGAAAAGUACAACUAACUGAAAUUGAAACACCACCUGAACCAUUGCACGGUUUACUUAUCGGUACAGAUCCAGAUUCUAGCCUGUUCUUGAAGUCAAUUCGCAUAUUUAAUUCAUGUUUCCAAAUGACAUCGGUGGUGCAACAGUAAUAGUUAAUAAUAUUGCUGCAAACGGUCAACAAUUUAAUUCAACGUUCAAAAUCAAAGGCCAAGUAUAUCACAAAGUGGGCUCAUUGCUGCCAAUGCCAAACGAAUCUCAUAAAUUUUUACAAAUCUACUUCAUGGGAGGCGAGAACUCCGAACGUGCACUCGCCAAUCGUGUGGAUGCACGUUGCGACUACCAUAAUCUCAAUUCAGCUUUUGCCAGGCGUAUCGUCAGCGAGCUGGACGCUCUGUUAAAUGAGUAAAAUGAAUUAUUAAAGUUAUUCAAAUCACAAAUGACCACGCUACAAAGUGACAAUCACGCAAUUGUCAUCAACCCUGAUAGACACCAGCUGGAGAGCAUAUACGUAGAUUCAACGCACCUGUUGUUGACGACGUUGCUGGAAUCAUGGUUGGCGACCGUACAUCUACGCGACAAAUUGUGAUUCGAAGAUCGAUACCCAUCGUUCAUAGGACGCUCUCCAAUAUCCACUAAUUUUCUAGAAGGGACAAGACAGAUAUUGCGUAAAUAUUAAACAACGACAUCCCGUAACAGGAGCUGAAACAAAUAAGAACGUUAGCUCAAAGGAUUUUUAUUCAUAUCAUUUGAUGAUUAGACGCGGUCGAGACAACAUCAUUUUACGAUGUCGUGAGCUUCGCCAACAAUUUAUAGUCGACAUGUAUGUGAAGAUAGAAAGUGAAAGACUACGAUACUUGCGAUAUAAUCAACAGAAGCUGCGUACGGAAGAAUAUAUUCACUUACGAGAUGCUGUUGCGAACAAUGCUGACACUGCCGAAAUCGGUAACUCUGUUAUCUUACCAUCAUCGUACGUAGAUAGUCCACAUCACAUGCAAGAAUACAUUCAGGAUGCCAUGACUUUCGUGCGUGAAUAUGGACGACCGUGUCUUUUCAUCACUUUUACAUGUAAUCCAAAAUGGAAGGAAAUUACAUCGUUGCUAUUACCAGGACAAAAUACAAUACAUCGUCAUGAUAUUACAGCACGUGUGUUUAAACAAAAAUUAAAGUCUUUAAUCAACUUUAUUACAAAAUUGCAUGUAUUUGGCUCCACACGUUGUUGGAUGUAUUCAGUUGAGUGGCAAAAGCGUGGAUUACCUCAUGCUUUCAUUUUAAUUUGGUUGGUCGACAAAAUACGUGCUGAAAACGUUGACAGUUUGAUUUCUGCAGAGAUUCCAGAUCCGUCUACUGAUCAAUUACUGUUUGAUAUUGUUACUGCAAACAUAAUUCAUGGUCCGUGCCGAAAUCUGAAUCGUUCAUCACCUUGCAUGGUAGACGGAAAAUGUACAAAACGUUUUCCUAAAGAUUUUACUAACGAUACGGUCACACAUGUUGACGGAUAUCCAAUAUAUCGUCGAAGAAGUACCGAAAAUGGCGGACAAACUUUCAUUAAAACUAUCAGCUACGCAGACAUCGACAUUGACAAUCGUUGGUUCAAUGCUCAUAUUAAUGUUGAGUCAUGCAGUUCGGUGAAGAGUAUCAAAUAUAUUUGCAAAUAUGUGAAUAAAGGGAGUGAUAUGGCUGUAUUUAGAAUUGAAAAUACUAAUGUACAUUCUCCUCCGUUGAAUCAAAAUGAUGAAAUUACGAAUUACCAAAUUGACCGGUAUGUCAGUUCCAAUGAAGCUGUCUGGCGUAUUUUCGGUUUCCCAAUUCAUUAACGGGAUCCAGCAGUUAUCCAUUUAGCUGUCCACCUUGAAAACGGUCAGCGCGUAUACUUCACGAACGAUACAGUGCUUGAUCGUGCUAUAAAUCCACCAAAAACUACGCUGACCGAAUUUUUUGAACUUUGCAAUCAUGUGGAUGCUUUUGGUGCCUUCGCACAAACACUUCUCUACUCUGAAGUUCCACGGUAUUUUACAUGGGCUCAAAAAAGGAAAUGGAUACCCCGCAAGCAAGGGACACCAGUUGAUGUUUAUUUAAAUCAAAUACUUUGGGUCGUGUAUAUACAGUCAAUCCAAGGCAGACUGAGUGCUUUUACCUGCGACUAUUGUUGGUUAAUGUCACCGGGCCAUUGUCAUUUCAAGAUAUACGUAAGGUAGAUGGACAACAGUAUCCUACGUAUAAAGAUGCAUGCCUUGCUCUAGGGUUGCUAGAAGACGACAAUCACUGGGACAGUACGCUUGCUGAAGCAACAUUAAAUUGCACAGGAUCACAAAUUCGUCUACUAUUUGCUAUAGUACUGACUACAUGUUUCCCGGCCCGAGCACAAAUGUUGUGGGAUAAUCACAAAGAUUCAAUGACUGAUGAUAUAUUGUAUCGACAUCGUACAAGGUGCAAUGAUCUAACGAUAUCAUUCAGUGAUGCAAUGUACAAUGAAGCACAACUGACGGUGAACAUGCGCGUUCAAAUGCUUCAGGAUCCAUCCGCCGAAAAUUUCUCUAAACAACUGUUAGAUAUUGGUGAUGGGAAAGUUGAUGUACAUGAAAAUACUAGAUGCAUCAAAUUACAGACGGACUUCUGCACAAUCGUCGACUCGCAAAAUACUCUCAUCGAUCACAUAUUUGCCGACGUACACACACAAUAUGCAAAUCGUAAGUGGCUGGCAGAAAGAGCGAUUUUGGCAGCUAAAAAUGUGGACGUCAAUGGGUUAAAUUUAAAGAUUCAACAGUUAUUGCCUGGGGACUUGGUGUCAUACAAAUCUAUCGAUGGAGUUUGCGAUAUCAACGAGACUGUGAAUUAUCCAAUUGAGUUUUUAAAUUCAUUGGAUUUGCCAGGCAUGCCACCAAGUCAUUUACAAUUGAAGGUUGGAUCUCCGAUUAUUCUGCUUCGCAAUUUAAACCCACCAGAGCUGUGUAAUGGCACACGGUUAGUCAUUAAAAAAUUAAUGAAAAACGUCAUUGAAGCCAUCAUCUUGAACGAUUACUACAGAUGUGCCAAUUGAAUUCAAACGCACUCAAUUCCCUAUUAGAUUGGCAUUCGCUAUGACGAUCAAUAAGUCACAAGGCCAGACAUUGUCUGUAUGUGGCUUAGAUUUGGAAACACCAUGCUUUUCCCACGGACAACUAUAUGUGGCAUGUUCUCGCGUGGGAAAACCCUCCAGUUUGUUUGUGUUGGCUAAAGACGGACUAAUCAAGAAUAUUGUACAAUCUAUUGCACUAAGAGAUUAAUUUUUUUUUCAGUUGCCAUAAUUGAUAGGAUAAUAUGAAUAAUUAUUUUUGAUAUUUAGAAAGCUAUCAAAAAUUGUAAUUUAAAAUAUAUUCAAUACUUUAAUAAGGAUUAAUUUAUUAACUUAAAUAAAGCAUACUUUAAUUGU